AUGUCUGAGUCUGCAGUGCGUGGGUAUAUCAACAGGAAGUACGGGAAGGUGCUGGAGACGCUUGUGAUGGCCGAGGAGGCCAUCGCUGCGCGGAGCAACAGAGAUGAGCUGACGCAGCGGGAGUUGGUGCAGCAGGUGAUGGGGGUGCUGGUGUCUACGUCGCUGGAGCGGUUGAAGCCCGGUGCGGAUGUAGUGGGUGCGGGAGACAAGAGCACGUACUCUGCUGCCGCGGAGGAGAAAGAGCUGGACGAGCUGAACGAGUACAGGCGGUCGCUCUCGCAGGACCGCCUGUCCAAGGAGGAUACAUACUUUUUGGAUAUGUUUCUGGACAAGCUGAUAGCGCGGCUGAUUCCGGACAACCUGCCGGAGCGUGAGCACUUCAGUCUGGUGGACGAAGGCGACGAAGCACUGCACGGCCCGCCUUUCAGUGCCUCCGUGCUGGCCUCCAACAUGAAGAAGCUCUCCGGAAAGAUGGACAGUAUAUUCGAGUUCCAGGACAACAUGAUCAGGGUGCUCACGUGGAAGACGCCCACUGUGACGCUUACUGCACUGACAAUUUUCACACUGAUAUGCUUCGAUUUGAUGAACGUCAUAUUGUUCCCCAUGGCCUACAUCGUGCUGGUACAGAUGACUCAGGGGUACAUACGGAGACACCCAAUUCGCAGAACAAUAUACAUCAAGAGAAGGGCCAUAGGAAGAUCGCUGAUUCAUGACCUAUUCCAUGGCGGCAAAAAGACGAAUAACGUACUGCUACCGUCCAAUGAGAAUGACUGUAAUGGAGAGCAAGAAAAUGAGGCCGAUUUGGGUACCUCCGAUGAUUGUAACGGUACCUCUGAUGAAAACGUUGUGAUCUCGCCGGCUGCUGCAAAAAUCGAUAAGAACAUUAGCACAUACAACUUAAACCACGGCACGAAGGUCGUGUUAACUCUGAGGGAUAUGCAGAACAUGACCACAGGAACAGUGCAUUUAAUGGAUGCGAUCGACAAGUUCAAAUACGGAACGGCAGCAUUUGUCGAUGAGUACAAAUCUACAUCAGUAUUUUUCACACUGCUGGGCUCUGUGAUCUUGCUGGUAUUACUAUCUCGCUUUAUAACAUGGAGCUUAACAAUUUCGCUUUCUGCAUGGAUCGGCCUUCUAUCGAUUCAUCCAAAAGUUCAUCCAUACGUCAAAUCUGCCAAGAAUAUCAUGAAGAAGCCAAAAAUGAAACCUGAGAACUCACCACAGGACGUUGCUGUUGUUAUGGAGGACAACAUUAGCGGGGAAGAUUAUAACAGAAAUAUAAUUCUUGAUGAACCCCCUGACGUCAAGUAUGUUGAGGUUUACGAAAUCUACAAAAGAGGAUUACUCCCUACCGAUUGGGAGUUCUUUAAGUUUUCUAGUACCAUCUUUGACCCAACAGACACAUAUAGAAAAGCAUUACAGCUUCCACCUGGUGUGGAUAAGAUUGAAGAGAUUAAACCGCCUGCUGGAUGGGCGUUUGAUGAAAACUCAUCAUGGAUAAUCGAUAAAAAUCCGGAAAUAUGGGCCAUCGAAAGAGGCUUACAAUUGCCUGUUGAAGAGGGCUUCCUUGUUGAUCCAAUGUUCAAGCGUAGGAGAUUAGUAAGGAAGGUAAUUAGGUAUAAAAAACCCAUGAAGAUCAAGAUGCAUUAA